AUGCAUUGGGCGCCAGUUAUCUGGACAAUGUAUACUAUGGCCAGCAGGGUCUCUGGUACCUCCUACAUUCGUUCAUCGAUGAACAGUGCUGUAAGUGAGGAGGAAAUCAUCCAGAUCCAGAAUCGACAGGCAGAGUUACAUCUACAUAUGAGAUAUAAACGCGCAGCCAUCAAUGACCAACAGAUGACCAUUGGCAUGAUUAUCGGCCACCAGAACGAAUUUUCCACGCAUGAAAUGACGGACGGCAUGAUAUUUAUAUUCUAUAGAACCCUCUUCCCACUAAAGUGGGUAUCGGGGACCAACGUCGAUGUAGGUUUGUGGAAAAAAACUGCAAGGGCGCGAAGGAGUGAUGGUGUGCUUAUGAGCAUGGGCCUGGAGAGCGAUGAUGCGAAGGAGCUUGCUAGUGUAUUGUGGGAGAUCGUCGGGAAUGUCCGAGAAACAUUAUCCUAUUCAAAAACAGUGAUCCGCGGCAAACCAAGUAGCUUCGUCGUCCCGCAGUUUGAAAAGCUAAGUACCAAUGUGAAAAGCGCGUAA